AUGUUUCGAGCGACGAUAGUUACGGUCGCUUGCCUCUUGCUCGCCGCGUCUCCGAUCGAUUGCGUGGACGCCAAUUGGUACAAAAAUGCUCUCGUGUACCAAAUCUAUCCGAGGAGUUUCCAAGACAGCGACGGGGACGGUAUAGGCGAUUUGAACGGGAUCACGGCCCGGAUGGAUCACAUAGCCGACAUAGGGGCGGACGCUCUCUGGUUGUCGCCCAUCUACAAGAGUCCCCAGGUCGAUUUCGGCUACGACAUCUCCAACUUCACGGACGUGGACCCGGUUUACGGCACUCUGGCAGAUUUCGACAGGCUCGUGAGAAGGGCGAAAUCUCUCGGUUUGAAGGUGAUACUCGACUUCGUGCCCAAUCACAGUUCCCACGAGCAUCCGUGGUUCAAGAAGAGCGUCCAAAGGAUCAAACCGUACGACGAGUACUACGUGUGGCGGGACGCGAGGAUCGUGAACGGGACCAGGCAACCGCCCAACAAUUGGCUCAGCGUCUUCUGGGGUUCGGCGUGGCAAUGGAACGAGGAACGAAAGCAGUACUAUCUUCACCAGUUCGCGACCGGCCAACCGGAUCUGAAUUACAGGAGCGCCGCGUUGGAUCAGGAGAUGAAGAACGUGUUGACGUUCUGGAUGAACAGGGGGGUGGACGGUUUCCGGAUCGACGCCAUCAACCACAUGUUCGAGGACGCGAGGCUGUUGGACGAGCCGAGCGCCAACAGGACCGACCUGUCCAAGGACGAUUACGAAAGCUUGGUCCACUUGUACACGAGGGAUCAAAGCGAGACGUACGACGUGUUGAGAAGUUGGAGAAACCUCAUGGACGAGCACUCGAAUCGCACCAACUCCGACCCCAGGAUGAUCCUCACCGAGGCUUACACAGAGUUCAAUUUGACGAUCAAGUAUUACAAGUCCGGAUCCACGGUCCCGUUCAACUUUAUGUUCAUCGCGGAUCUCAACAACCAGUCGACCGCCUCGGACUUCAAACAGCUGAUCGACAGAUGGGUGGCGAACGUGCCGAAUGGGAGCGUUACCAAUUGGGUCUCGGGCAAUCACGACAAUCACCGCGUCGCCUCGAGAUUCGGCAGGCAAAGGGGCGACGAGAUCGUGAUGCUGACGUUGACUUUGCCCGGCAUAGGGGUUGUUUACAAUGGGGACGAGAUCGGGAUGGAGGACAGGUGGUUCACGUACCAGGAGACCGUAGACCCGGCCGGUUGCAACGCCGGCCCAGCCAGAUAUUACUUGAAAUCCAGGGAUCCAGAGAGGACUCCGUAUCAAUGGGACAACAGCACGAGCGCCGGAUUCUCCCAAACGAACAAAACUUGGCUACCCGUCAACGAAAAUUACAAGUCUUUGAAUCUUGCCGCUCAAAAGAGGGAAUAUUAUUCCCAUUACGUGGCGUUCAAGUCCUUGUCGUAUCUGAAGAAGCAGCCGGUGAUCGCGAACGGGAGCUUGGAGGUGGACGUGAUCGAUGGAAGGGUUCUGAGCGUGAAACGGGAAUUGGGUAACGACACGGUGAUAGUUAUGAUGAAUUUCUCCAAAAAUCCCGUCACUGUCAACCUCACCAAGCUGCAUCCACCUGCCGAUCUCGUCGUUUACGCUUGCAACGUUGUCGGCUCCGGUCUCAGCCACGGCAACUGGAUCUAUCCGGCCUCGAUGACUAUCCCCGGAUCUAACUCAGCCGUAUUCACCAAUUACAAAUUGUAUUGGCGAUAUUGGCAAGGUGUAGACUGGUUGUAA